AUGGAUGCUAUGCUUGAGGCCCUAACUUUUUGUGAACUGGUGGAUUUUGGGUUUGUGGGGCCAAAGUUCACGUGGCGGGGGACAAGGGGUGGAGAGGAGGUGCGGGUUAGGCUGGAUAGGUUUAUGGGUACUGCAAAUUGGCGCGACUGGUUCCCAGGGUCUAGAGUCCGGCAUCUGGAUCCAUGCAAGUCUGAUCACCUCCCUAUCCUGUUGGAGAUUAGGGAACAAAAGAAAAGAAAGAAGAGACGUAAAAGGCGCUUCAAGUUUGAGGAGUGUUGGUUAUUGGACAAGCAGUGUAUGGAGGUGGUUCGAACUAGUUGGGAGAAGAGACAGGCCCUGGAGUCGGAACUGAAUGAUCUUUUGCAGAAGGAGCAGGUAUUCUGGCGUCAGCGGGCGAAGGCCUUCUGGUUAAAGGAUGGGGACCUUAAUACCAGAUUUUUUCACCAACGUGUUAAGAAUCGUAGGAAGAAGAAUACCAUUACUGGGCUUUUUGAUAGGGAUGGAAAGUGGUGUUCGAUUGAUGACGAGAUUGAGAAAAUUGUGUUGGACUACUUUGGGGACCUAUUUUCAUCGGUAAGGCCUGGGAAUUUCCAGAACAUUCUAGAAGCAAUGAGUGGGGGGGUGUCUGUGGAUGAUAAUUAUAAGCUAGCUGGUGUGGUUGAGAAGGAUGAGGUUUUCCGGGCAAUUAAGGCUAUGCAUCCGGCCAAAUCCCCUGGGCCAGAUGGGUUUUCGCCUAGUUUCUAUCAAUCUUUUUGGGAGUUAGUCGGAGAUGAUGUGGUCGGGGCAGUUCGUGAAUUCCUUGAAUCGGACGAGUGUUUAAAAGAGGUGAAUAGGACUUUUGUGGCAUUGAUUCCGAAGGUGGAGGCCCCUGUACAUAUGACUCAGCUCCGUCCAAUAAGUCUUUGCAAUGUGAUCUAUAAAAUUGGGUCCAAGGUUCUAGCUAAUCGCUUGAAGCCAAUGCUUGAUUCACUUAUUUCACCGUUCCAGAGUGCAUUUGUCCCGGGUCGGCUUAUUUCGGAUAACUCUUUGAUGGCAUUUGAGAUUUCACAUUGCUUGAAAAAUAGACGGAGUGGAAAGAAAGGUUUUUGUGCUUUGAAACUGGACAUGAGCAAGGCGUACAAUAGAGUGGAAUGGGUGUUUCUUGAGGCGGUCAUGCGGAGAAUGGGUUUUGGAGAGGAGUGGAUUAGAUGGAUCAUGCGGUGCGUUACUACGGUCUCUUAUUCGUUUAUCGUUAACGGAGAACUGAGAGGGCGGUUGAUUCCAACUCGGGGAUUGAGGCAGGAGAAGGCAGAGUGUGAGGUUUUGAGGAAUAUCUUGCUGGCAUAUGAAAGCUCGUCCGGUCAACAGGUAAAUUUCCAGAAAAGCCGUAUCUCAUUUAGUAAAAAUGUGGAUAUGGAGUUAGAGGAGGCGAUUGCUGAUUACUUUGGUGUUGAGAGAGUAGAGAAGCAUGACAAGUAUCUUGGCCUCCCUACUGAGAUAAGCUACUCCAAAACAGCAGCUUUUAGUUUCUUAAUUGAUAAAGUCAGAACACGAACCCGGGGUUGGCGUGAGAAGACUCUUAGUGGUGCGGGGAAGGAGAUUAUGAUCAAAGCUGUGGCUCAGGCUAUUCCCUCCUAUGUGAUGAAUUGUUUCGAAGUGCCUAAACAUAUUUGUAGUGAGAUGCACAGGUUGAUGGCUAGAUUUUGGUGGGGUGAGGCGGAGGAGGAGCGGAAAAUUCACUGGGUGGCUUGGGAGAAGAUGUGUUGCUCGAAAAAUGAGGGUGGUCUGGGUUUUAGAGAUAUGCAUGUCUUCAACCUAGCCCUUCUAGCUAAACAGGGGUGGAGAAUUGUACAAAAUCCGGAUUCGAUCAUUGCUCGACUGUUGAAAGCAAAAUAUUUCCCUCGAUGUUCUUUUAUGGAGGCUGAACUAAAGGGCGGCGAAUCGUAUACAUGGCGUAGCAUUUUGUCUGGUAGGGAGGUUCUCAAAUUGGGGCUUCGAUACCAGGUCGGUGAUGGGAAGAGUAUCUCAGUGUGGUACGAUCCGUGGAUGCCGCUUCCUAGUUCGUUCAAGCCUUAUUCACCAAUUAUGGAAGGGACGGAAGAGUUGAAAGUGGGGGAUCUGAUUGAUGAGGAGGCUAAGGAGUGGGUCGUUGAGUUCAUGGAGGAGUUGUUUACUCCAGGUGAGGUGGAGUUGAUGGCGUCUAUUCCACUUAGUGUUCGAGGGGCAACUGACAGGUUAGUAUGGCAUCAUGAUAGAAAGGGCAUGUUUAGUGUGAGAAGUGGAUAUCACGUAGCAAAUUCUGCAUGGAAUUGCAUGGGAAGGGGUUCAACGUCAUCAGGGGACAGUGGUGGGGUCAACAUGAAGUAUUGGGCCAUGAUAUGGAAAGCUAGAGUUCCACCAAAGGUGAAAAUUCAUGUUUGGCGACUUCUAAAGGGUAUCUUGCCGACUAAGGUGGGCCUCCAACGUAAACAUGUCACGUUGCCAGAUCUCCGUUGUGUUUUCUGCUUGGACGAAACGGAAACCGAGGAGUUUCAGAAAUAUCACCCAAAGGCGGUAAAAAAGAAGAAGAGGCCGCCGUCUAAGUGGCAGAAUCCUCCCAGAGGUAGGCUGAAAAUCAAUGUUGAUGGUGCUUUCAGAGUUGAUAGUGGAUGUGGAGGUAUUGGAGUAGUGGUCAGAAAUGAUUCUGGUACGGGUAUUGCUGCGCUUGCUAGACCUUUUGUACAUGCACACUCGGUUCUUAAUAUGGAAGCGGAGGCGUGUAGAGCUGGUCUACUUCUUGGGAUUCACCAAGGUUGGGAUGACAUUGAUAUUGAAAGCGACUCUGCCAUUCUGAUUGCUGCUCUACAGAGUGAGGAGAAGAAUUUCUCGGAGUUUCUACAGUCGAAAUACAGACUUUACAAAUUCGAAUCUAAAGUAAGGCGAUUAAGUGAUAACAAUUCAUUCAUCUUCUCAACUUAA